AUCUGCCGGCCGGCGGAGAAGUCAGUCGCUUCUAGUCCCUCGAGUUUAACGGACAGUUUUCGCGCGAGAGGAAGCCCAAUCCGUUGUAUUGUAUCGCAAAUACAGAGCCGUUGUUACUAACACAUUUGAUCGGGAGGAAAUGCCGUGUGCCGCAGCGAUAUCCAGCUUAUUGCUUCUCGCCGUCGUCCAUUUGACGAUGGCGGCUACCACUAUCGAACAAUUAUUUCCAGAUUCAAAGACGAAUUUAACAACGAUAAAGUGGGCUCAUAGAGUAAAUAGUCAAGAUGAUUUGAAUAAAGCUCUUGAAUCAAGUGACAUAAGAAUGCUUGAAGGAGAUGUAAUCAUCGGCAAAUUAAAUAAUCAAUCAAAUGGAACCGAUACAGUUAUCAUGGGUCAUCCACCUAAUACUACAAGCGACUUGAGUCUCGAGGAGUUUCUUAAAAAAGUGACGCCUGAUAAGAAAAAAGGUAUCAAGCUUGACUUCAAAAGUAUAGAAGCUUAUGAGAUGGGACUGACGCUUAUUCAAAAAUCUGGAAAUCUGACGAUUCCGCUCUGGCUCAAUGCGGACAUCCUCAAGGGGCCCGUGAAUGCUACCGACGAUCCUCUGCCGGUCGACGCCAAGCGCUUCUUCGCCGGCGCAGCCAAGCUCCCGCAAGCGCUCCUAUCGAUCGGCUGGACCACCAGAUUGGAGCCAAGCGUCCAGGAGGGCGGCAGCUACACCGCCGAGCAAAUAAACGAGAUGGUGAAGCACGUCGAGGAGAGCAAGACGAAUCAGUCGGUAACUUAUCCUGUGCGCGCUUGCUACGCCGCUAACGAUGUCAACGUGCUCAAGACCCUCCUGACCAGCACCAAGGCCAACAACCCGACGCUCACCGUCUGGUCGAGCGAGGGCGACAAAGUCGACGCGGCCAAGCUCUCCCAGCUGAUAAAGACCAUCGGCGUGAAUAAGGUGUACGUAGAUGUGCCAGCGAUCCUUUGGAAGCAGCUCGAUCUCUCCAGCUCGGCCUACACGGCUCGGAGCUCACUUCCAUUGCUUCUAGCCUCGGUCGUCGCUUGCAUCUUUACCGUCAAGCUCCUCUGAAUCGCGGUUUAAUCAAUAUCAUAAUAAACGAUAACAUCAAGCGGACUUGUUGAGACGACGGAAAUGGAAGUUGAAAUGAGUGGAAUUACGGGGGAGAAAUAUGUUAUAUAUCUUCAGCGUUCAAGUUGAUGUGGGCAUGGGGAGAUCGGGAUUGC